AUGGCUCCAAAGACUUUUCAUUGCUUCUUGACCCUUCCGUAUGAGAUUCGACGAGAAAUCUACUGGCUGGCCACCCCGCCACGCAUCGUAAGGGUCAAGGAAAAGACGGCUGUCGAGUGCGAGGAUUUCAUGGAGACCCUUCGCACACAUCCGGCCCAGCUUCAAAUCCACCCUGACAUUGAAUUCUUCAGUGUCAACUGCGCCAGCGAGAUUAGGAAGCGCAUGCGGAACGGGAGAAACUCCCGCCAAACGACGCUCGAGGAGCACGGCAUCACAGGCGGCAAGCCCAUCCCACAGCCCUGGACUCCGUCCGCCCAGUGUCCAGAAACACCCCUGGCAUGGCUAUCCGACAACCCAGAGGUCGCGUGGGAGCUCGUCAGGGAGGGCUACUUAUAUAGCAAGGCCCCGAUACCGACGCUCUUGCACACGUGCGUCGAGUCGCGCAGGGAGCUAGUGCGCGGCGGAUACAACCUCGCCUUUGCGACGCGGACGGCCGAGCCGCGGACGUGGUUUCAUUUCGACCGGGACACUCUCUUCCUCUCUCAUGACGACUACGAAAAAGAACAACGGCCCAGGCUGUUGAGCGGGGGCCCGUGGGAUGUGGGCCAGUUCGCGGCGGCGGAUCUGCGACGGGUGCGGAGGCUUGCGCUGGAGCGUUCGGCGUGUGUGCUGUACGACGCGGGUGCGGUACCUCCCGGGCAGAACAGGCCGGCGGCCGUGCCGUUGAUUGUCUCUUUAUUGCUGAGGUUGCUGGGGGCUGUUGAGGAGCUUUGGUUUGUGGAGUGGACGCUGGGUGAUGUGGAGGAUUGGCCCGGCUUUCCGCCUUGCUUUCCGCCACCGCGGUGGCGUAGCGGUAGACGGGUUAUGCCGGCGGUCGUGGGGGCCAGCGUUGUUGAUGCGGCGAGGGGGAGUGGUGAUUUGUUGGCUGUGGAUGUUGAGCUUGUUGAUGUGGCCGGGUUGGGUGGCGGGUAUGAAGAUGCUUUUGGGUUCCAUGGUCUCCGAUCCGGGUUCGGGGCGUCGCAGUUUGUGGACUUCAUGGAGAAUCGCGGCGGAGUCGGAAUCGGUGCUGGUGCCGCGGCGGCGUCCUUGUAUGCCGAGUACCUGUGCCGGCUCCGGCGGGACUUGCUCGAGCGGCAGAGGGCCGUACUUGUUACGCGUGGCGAAGGCGACGGGGAGGCACAGGCGGCGAACGAUGACACUACGGGGUGUUGGAGGAUCCCGGAGACAAGGAUCGUUCACGUGCUACCGCGAAGCAUGGUUGAAUAUCUCUACGAGGAACGCCGGAGGACCGCGGCGGGGUUGAGUGUACUGCAGACAGAGUGGGCUAAUCUGACGAAGCAGGAGCUUUGUCGGGCGGAUGGUGAUAGUGUACAUUUAAAUUCUACUUUGUCCAAAAGGGAAGAAUUUGAGGAGAGGCACUGGCGUGCAGGUGUUUGUAGAGAUGAUGAGUCCUGUCAAGGAUCGUGUAUUUGGAGGAGAGAGGGCAAUAGGAUUAAGAAGUGGUGGGUGCAGCAUGGGCCAAGUCUGUGA